AUGUUCAAGGUUUCAAGGAAACUGGUGCUUGUCAGUCACACCACCACUCUAUCCAGGAACGCCUUCUCGACCCUCACCAAGACCCCCUUCCGAACCCUGCAACGCAACACCCGGACUGUAGUAUGGAACACUCGUUCGUCACUUUCGGGGCAGGUGCGGUCAGUAACUUUGGCGGCUUCGCAGGCUCUCCCUCCCACCCCUGAGACCUCGUACGACGUUAUCGUUGUAGGAGGAGGCCAUGCAGGGUCCGAAGCCUGUGCCGCUGCUGCCAGAACAGGCGCCAAGACAUUGCUGCUCACCCAAAAGCUGGACACCAUCGGUGAAAUGUCAUGCAAUCCCUCAUUUGGUGGCGUUGGCAAAGGAGUCCUUGUUCGGGAGAUUGACGCUCUGGAUGGUCUCUGUGGCCGUAUCUCGGAUUUAGCUGGCGUGCAAUUUAGGAUCUUGAACCGAUCUAAGGGACCUGCGGUUCACGGCCCUCGUGCUCAGAUCGACAGGAAGCUGUACAAGAAACACAUGCAGGCUGCCUUGAACGAGUAUCCUAACUUGACUAUCAAGGCUGGAUCAGUCUCCGAUAUUGUUCUCGGGGCCGAGAUCUUGCCACCCACUCCUGGCCAGAAUAACGUACAAGGAGAGAUCAAAGGAAUCAAGCUUGAAUCGGGAGAGGUGAUCCACGCACCCAAGGUGGUUAUUACUACAGGGACGUUUUUGCGAGGAGAGAUUCAUAUCGGACUGGAGGCAUAUCCCGCUGGACGUAUCGACGAGGAGGCAUCUAUUGGACUUUCGGAUUCACUGGCACAGGCAGGAUUCGAACUCUCUCGACUCAAGACCGGAACACCCCCUCGACUGGAUGGCAAGACGAUUGACUUUUCAGAGCUCACGCCUCAAUAUGGUGACCAGCCCCCAUCGCCCUUUUCGUAUCUGAACAAGGAGGUUGCUAAUGGGCACCGCCAAUUGGCUUGUUACCAGACCAGCACCAACCCAAAGACGCACGAGAUUAUCCGUAACAACUUGCACAAGUCGAUUCACAUUCGUGAAACCGUCAAGGGUCCACGCUAUUGCCCCUCGAUCGAGUCCAAGAUCAUGCGCUUUACCACUAAGGAAGCUCAUACCAUCUGGUUAGAGCCCGAGGGUUACGAUAAUGAUGUCAUCUAUCCUAACGGUAUCUCGAUGACCCUUCCUGAGAAGGAGCAGAUCGAGAUGUUGAGGACAAUCAAGGGUUUGGAGAAUGUUACGGUCUUGCGAUGCGGUUACGGUGUCGAGUACGACUAUGUCGAUCCUCGGGAGCUCAAGCGGACACUGGAGACACACCGUAUUCACGGUCUGUACCUUGCGGGACAAAUCAACGGAACUACUGGAUACGAGGAGGCUGCUGCCCAGGGUGUCCUUGCCGGUAUCAACGCCGGUCUGUCUGCAAAGUCCAAGGCGCCUCUGAUCCUCACUCGUGCGGACGCCUACAUUGGAGUGCUGGUUGACGAUCUUAUCACCAAGGGUGUCGAGGAACCCUACAGGAUUUUUACAUCGCGGUCCGAGUACCGGCUGACUCUGCGUGCGGACAAUGCUGAUCUGCGCUUGACUCGCAAGGGAUACGAGGCGGGUUGUGUUACAGACUACCGCUGGAACGUCUACCAAAAGAUGGAGGCGGAAAUGAACCGAGGAAUGGAGCUUAUGAGUGAGUUCAAGCUGUCACCUGCCAAGUGGGCUGAAUAUGGCUUCGGCAAGAGCGAUGACGGUGUCAAGCGAAGUGCGAUCGAAAUGCUUGGGUUCCCCAACGCCAAAAUGCAACAGUUUCACGAGGCCAUUCCCGAGUUGAAGGGGAUGGAUCCCGAUGUCCAGAACAAGAUUGAGGUUGAGGGUGCCUACUCGGUUUAUCUUCGUCGACAGGGCGCAGAGGUCACUGCAUUUAUGAGAGACGAGAACAUGGAGCUGCCUUCUGACAUUGAUUACUCUGCUGUCCCGAACUUGUCGAACGAGAACCGAACCAAGCUGGAGCGUCACCGUCCCGCCACACUGGGUGCUGCAAAACGAAUUGAGGGAGUCACGCCAACGAGCAUCGUGGAGCUGCUUAAGUACGUUCAAAGGACAAAGCGUCUUCCAACCAUGCUCACAGGCGAGCCAAUCCGUUCUGGCAGCCGAAAGGACCGUCUCCGACAGCGCCUCAUGACCAAGGACGCUUAA